AUGGAGGAUGAAGCCGAAAGUGAUAAGGGGCCAACGAAACGAAAAUGGAAUUUAGAACAACUUCGAGCAGGUGAUACUUUCUUAUCCAUGCAGGCUGCCACUAAUAAGUAUGACUCCCAGAAAGGCAUGACAGCUCCCGGUAUGCCUCGCUGGAAUAUCAUCAAGGAUAAACAUCUUGGCUUUAUAAAUCCCGAUCGAAAAAGUGAGGAAUAUUUGAGUGCCCAAUACGGUAGCAAUCAAUAUGCAUCGCAAAAAGGAUUGACACCAAUAGGUUCAUCACGAGGACAAGUACCAAAAAUAGAGUAUAAAAAGGACUGGACAUCGAUUCUUGACAAAGAAGGUGAAAAGUUAAUGCCUAAACAAUCUGGUGAUUAUGGUAUGGCUACUCAAUCUGGCGAACGUUCGAUGGGCUCUCACCGCAACCAAGUACCAAAUAUACGAGGACGUUUACCACGUGAUAGACGAACUCAUGGUGUAUUAUGCUACCAAUAUGGUACUAAUAUAUUUGCCUCUCAGCAGGGCAUGAAUGCACCACCAGGAAUUGGAGCUGUUAGACAAGCUACUUUAGAAAUAGAAGGACUUGGAUUUACAGAAGAUGCCUUGCGCAAAGGAACAGCAUAUACGCCUUGGUAUUCGGGUCAGAAUAAAUUUGCUAAUCAAUCUGGCACUGGGGGAUUCCUGAAAGUUCGCGAUGUAUUACCAAAUGCAAAAGGUGGUAAAGAAAUAGAUCAAACAUUGAAAAUAAAAUCAGAAGGUAUUGUGCCUCUUCAAGCAGGAACUAAUAAACUUGCAUCUCAGAAAGGUAUGACUGGUUUUGGGACACCAAGAAAUGUACUACUCAAGCAAGGAUGGAAGAAAGAAUGGAUUGAGGAAUACGAGCAGGCUUUGCAAGAAUUUGAAGAAAUUCGACCACCUGGCUCUGCAUCUAACCUGGAUCCAUUAGGUCAUUACAAGCAGAAAUUUGAAGAAAAACAAGAAAAGGAAAGUGUAGCAGUAGAGAAGAACGAUUAUGAUCAUAGCACUGCGCCAGAUAGUAGCAGUGAAACCAAGAAGGAAGAAGUAGAAGAAAUAAACACUAAGCUAGAAACGGAAGAUGAAAAAAUUAGCGAAAAAGAAGACAAGCAAGAAGAUUUAAAUGAAGACGAAGAAGAUUUAGAAGAGGAAGAAGGUGAUGAAGAAGUUGAUGAGGAAGUGGAAGAGGAAGAGGAAGAAGUGGACGAAGAGUGA